AACUGAAGCUUGAAACGAGUCUUUAAGUGAAGCGAGUCGAGUCGAGAACAGAAACAAUGGAAACUUCCAGACCAGCGAGAGCGCGAGCAAUGAGUUAAAGAUUCUUCCUCCUUUGAGAAAACAGGAAUAGAGUUUUGGAAAUCGCAAUUAGUUUAAUUAAUAAACCACAGCUUUUAGUUUGAGUCGACGAGGCUAACAUCAAUCCACCAUUACAAUAAAUAAAUAAAUAAAUGAAUAAAACUCAAUCUCAAUGAAGCGAAAGGAUUUUGAAGAGAUUCACCUCCUUAAUUUCUCUUCAAGAAAAUCCAGGAGACUGUAUGGUGAAUUAGUCCAGGAGGACCCAAUUGAGGUAGAUGAUGAAGGAUUAUCAUCGGACACAGAGUUUACAACUAAUUGUAUGCUUCAAACAAAUGCUUCGACAAUAGAUCCACCGCCUUUGACUGAUCAUUCAGACUCACAAGACAAGGCCAUUGUACCCUAUCAUCAGCAUUACGCUCCUUUUCUCAACUCUCCUAAUUUGUUUGCAUUCCCUAUCAUUUUAAAUUCUGAUUUCAUCCCAGGAAUAAGAGAUCAUAUCUUUUGGCCAAGGAAUUCGGAGACUGCAAAUCGAAUGGAGGCUGAAGUAAUCUCAAACAGACGUAGAGAAGAAUCAGACGAUAGCUUGGCUGUGGUUCCUUGGCUUGCAUCUCGGUUGCCUGUGACUUCUGCAGCAGAAGGACAAGCAAGGGGUUUGUCAGAAACAGCGGGAGGGGAAGAAGAAAUGGACACGGAUGAAGCCAAUGCUAGUAGCACUGGUGGGGAAGCUUUUGAGUUUGGGGGGAUACUGGGAGGAGUUGAAGCAAGGAAACACUGGAACCAACAUUGUAUGGAACCGCAACAAAUUGGAAACACAAAUACGACCAUUUCUUGGUAGCUAAACCAGUACUUUUAACUUGAUAGUGAAUAGGAAAGUGGUUAUAAGGAAAAUUAUAAUUGAUAGGCAGAUGGCAAAGAAUAGGAAGUUGCUGAAAGGGGUAUAUUAAGAGAUAGUAAAAGCAUCGAUAGUUCCUUGUUAAAAAAGAAGAAAAAGAAAACAAGGAAUCAAUAGUAUGAAUUGCAACUUUUUAUGUGAAAUAUUGCAGAUAGAUGUAAUAGUUGAGGAGCGCAUUGUAAUCACUUUCUUUGGAAAUGCUUCAUGGUUCAUAUAUUACUAGA